CGACGGUUUACAAGACGGUUCUAUCGUACUGAUAGCGAUAGCAUUGGGCUCGGGUAAAAAUGGAUAACGAUGCAGUCCUGACAUGUUUGGGCUACACGGUUCAGAACACCAUCGGUCAAGGGAGUUAUGGCAAAGUCAAGCUGGCCUUCUCCAAAAAGCACUCGGGCAAGGUGGCCAUUAAGAUAAUGGACCGCUGUACAAUGACAAAGUGGUCCGUUAAUAAUGUCCUCCCCCGAGAAUUGGCGGUUCUAAAACGCAUAAAGCACCCACACAUUGUUCAGGUGCACGAAAUUAUUGAAACACGCAGAGGGAAGGUCUACAUCGUUAUGGAGGCCGCCAAAACCAACCUCUCUGAUAAGAUCUACACUGUUGGCCACGUCUCCUUCGACAGGGCCAAGCAGUGGUUCUCUCAGCUGCUUAGUGCCAUGGUCUACCUGCACCAGCAGGACAUUGCCCACCGGGACCUUAAGAGUGAAAAUGUCCUGCUGACCGCUGACAACCGCAUCAAAUUGGCAGACUUCGGUUUAGCAUUUGUUGGCGAAGGCUUCCCCAACAUGACCAACACGUAUUGUGGUACUUUGCAAUACACGGCACCCGAGGUGAUUUUGGGUCUGCCCUAUGACCCAAUGAAGAGUGACGUCUGGAGCCUGGGUGUCAUCCUGUACGAAAUGGUCACGGGAGACUUGCCCUUUGAUACCACCAACGUAAGAAAGCUGCUUGAACUUCAGCACGAACCUUUACCUCGGGUUAAUUUGCUCUGCUUAAGAGGCGGGCAGUCCUGCUACGACCUGCUCUGCAAAAUGCUGCAGGUCAAUCCGCAGGAUCGGGCUUCGAUGACAGAGGUGACGCAGCACGAUUGGCUGCUGUCGUGGCAAGAAAGGUAUCAGCGCAUCUUCAGAUGGCAAGGAUUGCAAGGUCCACCCACGAUCCCACCUGUGUCUGUGGAUCAAGAUGAUUCUGCUGGUUCCAGCAGAGUGAUGGAGUCCUCUAGCAGUGGAGAAACACCUACACCUGCAACACCAUCACCGGCAACACCAACAGAGGAGGAGCCUGAGCCUGAAGAAGACCGCAGUCGAGCUGGCGCAGAUCCAACUGACCGCAUGGAUGAAGUCGAGGGGGAGGAGUUUAGCAGCAGCGGCUGCUGUCCUCCACUUCGUACUGCGAUGAGAAGAGUCCUAGGACCGAUCCUGAGAGCCUCUCGGUCACUUCGGAAGAAGAUGAGGAACGUUUUCAGGUUUAAACCUGAGAGACGCAACUCCUCUUCCUCAUCCAAGCAAGGUGUUGCUGGAACUGCCGCUUCUACAGAAGCAGCUCCUGCGCGUGCGACUUGUGGGCACGCGAGACACGUGGACGAGGUUUCAGACAUCCCGCUCCAGGGGCCUACAGUUGAGCAGGAAGUCAAGAGGCCGUGGUUCCCUCGGUUUAAGGCCUAGGUAUGCACCACUAGCACAGCCCCAGGUAACACAGGGCACUGGCUGAAGAGAACGUCCCGCUCCGUGGGCUGAUGCUGGAAGCAGAGUCAGUGCUCCCACAGCCCACAGUGAAGCAGGUGGAAACCAGGAGAGCGAGACUUCGCUCCCGUUCAGAUUAUUCAAAUUACAAUUCAGCCUUAAGCUACAGAACGCCUGCAGUGCCCUGUUGAGAAAAGAAAUUACAAACAACACUGUGCUGCUGAAUGAUACUUGCAACAGUGCCCCCUUUAGGCGGGGUAAAGUUCAGAAAGGAUGGAUUGUUCUCAGGUGACCCCAAAUAUAUCCUGCUCCAUGGGAUUAUAAUUGAGGCCCACAGUGAUGC